UGCCGGUGCGGUGUCGCCCCCUGGCGGCGGCGGCGCGGCGUGGCGGGUCCGGCAUGAGCGAGGCGCGGCUGCGGCCCGGGCGCGGCCCCGGCGGGGCCCGAGACCCCCAGGACAAGGAGUCAGAGUCUGAGAACAGGCUGGAUGGAGAGACAGCGUCAGACAGCGAGAGCAAGUCCGAGUUCGGGGGGUCCUCGCCUGUGCCCACCUCAGAUGACACCCCAGAGGUGCUGAACAGGGCCCUCUCCAACCUGUCCUCGAGAUGGAAGAACUGGUGGGUGAGAGGGAUCCUCACGCUGGCCAUGAUCACCUUCUUCUUCAUCAUCAUCUACCUGGGCCCCAUGGUCCUGAUGACAAUAGUGAUGUGUGUGCAGAUCAAAUGCUUCCACGAGAUCAUCACCAUCGGCUACAACGUGUACCACUCCUACGACCUGCCCUGGUUCAGGACGCUCAGCUGGUAUUUCCUGCUGUGUGUGAAUUAUUUCUUCUACGGGGAGACGGUCACUGAUUAUUUCUUCACGCUGGUGCAGAGGGAGGAGCCGCUGAGGAUCCUCAGCAAAUACCAUCGCUUCAUCUCCUUCGCCCUCUACCUCACAGGGUUCUGCAUGUUUGUGCUGAGCCUGGUGAAGAAGCACUACCGCCUGCAGUUCUACAUGUUUGGCUGGACCCACGUGACGUUGCUGAUCGUGGUCACCCAGUCCCACCUCAUCAUCCACAACCUGUUUGAAGGAAUGAUCUGGUUCAUCGUGCCCAUCUCCUGUGUGAUCUGCAAUGACAUCAUGGCCUACAUGUUUGGUUUCUUCUUCGGCCGCACGCCGCUCAUCAAGCUCUCCCCAAAGAAGACCUGGGAGGGUUUUAUUGGAGGAUUUUUUUCCACUGUUCUCUUUGGGUUGCUGCUGUCCUACGUGAUGUCGGGCUACCGCUGCUUCACGUGCCCCGUGGAGUUCAACAACGACACCAACAGCUUCACGGUGGACUGCGAGCCCUCGGAGCUGUUCCAGCUGCAGGAGUACAACAUCCCCGUGCUGCUGCACUCCGUGCUGGGCUGGAGGACCGUGAGGAUGUACCCCUUCCAGAUCCACAGCAUCGCCCUGUCCACCUUCGCCUCCCUCAUCGGGCCCUUCGGCGGCUUCUUCGCCAGCGGCUUCAAGAGGGCCUUCAAAAUCAAGGACUUUGCCAACACCAUCCCAGGCCACGGGGGCAUCAUGGAUCGCUUCGACUGCCAGUACCUGAUGGCCACCUUUGUCAACGUCUACAUUGCCAGCUUCAUCAGGGGCCCCAACCCCAGCAAACUGAUCCAGCAGUUCCUGACCCUGCGGCCAGAGCAGCAGCUGCACAUCUUCAACACCCUCAAAGCUCACCUGGUGGACAGGGGAGUGCUGGCCAGCCUGGAGGAUGCAUAGGCAGAGCUUGGAGCAGGACUGAGAGCGCACAGGCCUCCUCCAGGGAGUCCCCUGAUUUCAGACAAUAACAAGGCCUCAUUUCACUGUAACUUUUUCUUCCUUUCUUGGUAAAUGUUUGCAUUUGUGGUUUAUUUUAUUUUUUUUUUUUUUUCUAAGUAAUAUAUUUAUAGAGCUUUGGUUGAAAGAGCAAAUGCUGGGUUUGUAGCUGGGGGGUGGUGGAGCAGGAGGGGAUGGGUGCUGUCCUGCUCAGGACCCUCCUGUGCUGGGCAAUGUCCCGAGGCAAUUCCUGCCCCAGGGAAUCUCCUGGCACAGGGAGGGGAUCCUGUGUGAGCCCGUUCCCGCUGCAGCUGCUCUCAGUGCUGCUCCUGCAGUGCCUCUCACAUUCCCUCCCCUCUGCCCUGGCAAAUCACAUUUCUGUGGCCACCCAAGGCAGGAGCAGGCUGGGCACGGGGAGUGGCAGCUGUGUGUGGGAACGUGGGAGCUUCAGAUCCCCCAAAACCCAUGGAAGUAAAUCAGAUUUAGAAGUUUCAUUGAGCAAUUCCUGCCAGGUGAGAACAAUUUUUAAACUCCUUGGUUUGCUUCCCCCAUUAAAUAACCUUUAGAACCACACUUCUUCAUUUCUCCAAGCUUGGAAACCCCAGGUGGGAUGUCUGGAGGAGCCUGGGCAGCAGUUCCCAGGCAGUUGCUGGGGGUUUUGUUUUCUUUCAGGGAUCAUGUCUGUUUGUUACUUGAGUUGUAGAAGUCGUGCUGCUGAGUUUACCAAGGUCUGUGUUGCAUUUCAGUCUGGGUUCAUUUCUCUGCAGGCUUCUGUCCUGCUUGGCUCACUGAAUCUUGUCAGAGGUAGUUUGUACUUUAUAGCUGCAGGUUUUAUGAAGUACUUUCCUUUAUUUUGUCAUACUUUUUUAUUAUUUAAAAACGAGAGAGCCCUAAAGAUUGUAAAACUUUCCUUCUUUUUUUCUUUUCUUUAUUUUUUUUUUGUGACCAGAUAGUGAAAAUAUCCCCAUUUACUCCUCGUGCAAACACGAGGGGACUCUGAUUUUCCUUCUUUCCAUAGUUUGUGCAUGGGAGAGAGAAACUUUACCUUGUUUUAGCCCAGGGAACGAGUGGCAGGGAGAGCUCCUGCAGAACUACAUUGGAGUUUUCAAACACAUUGGAGUUUUCGAGCAGUUGCUGCCACAAAGCUUCAGCCACACGUGAGCCCUGCACCUGCUUGGCAUCAGCAGAGAACAAGCCACCUAAAAAUGCCCAAAAUUCAGAGCUUUUCCCAGCCUGAGUGUGUGUAAAUGCACGGCAGAGGUGCCAGCCAUGCCCUGUCCUGCCCUGCUGUGGGGCUGUGCUGGGCUCUGCUCCCUGGCCAGGCUGGGUGGGAAGCACAGGAGGCUCUGCUCUUACAAAGCAUUCCCAAUUCCUGCUGGAAGGUUCUGUCCAGGACUGCCUGUGGUGUUCUCGUGGCUUUCUCCUGGUUGUGGAUUCCUCCUGUGCUUGCUCCCCUCCAGCUGCAAUUAGGUUUUUAUUUAUUUUCUGUCCACGGAGCAGAUGUUGCUGCAAGCCCCUGACACAGAAACUGCAGAGGAGAAGGAGGUGCCCCCACCUUGCCCAGGGCAGUGUUUGGGCAGUGUUAAUUAAUUUUAAUUAAAAUUAAUUUUAAUGUGGGGCAGUGCCAGGGGGGCUGCCUGGCUGCCCCUGCCCUUUGCCCAAAGCCCUGGCAGAAGUGACAGUGUUGAUAAAUAUCCCAAAGCUGUGCUCUGUCCUUAGUGAGAAAUCCCUUGGUGGGUUUUUAGUCUCCUGCUCGUCUGCUUUAACCCUUUAGUUCCUCUCGUGCUGUGAGCAGCAGGGCAGGGCUUUGCUGGGCCAGGGCUGUCAGUGCUGGCUGUGGGCACUGGAGGGCAAAGCAGCUCCAGGGAGCAGCAGCAGCUCUGCCUGGGUGCCUGCCCUGCCACAAAUGGCCUGGUCAGAAGUGAAUCUUCUGAUCAGAAAUGUCCUGAUUAGAAAUGUCCUGAUCAGAAAUUAAUUCUGUGAUGAGAAGUGUCCUGAUCAGAAAUUAAUUUUGUGAUGAGAAGUGUCCUGAUCAGAAAUUAAUUCCCUGAUCAGAACUGUCCUGAUCAGACAAUGCCCUGAUGAGAAAAUUCUCUGAUUAGAAAAUGCCCUGAUUAGAAAAUGCCCUGAUCAGACAUUCCUUGAUCAGACAAUUCCCUCAUUAGAAAUUCUCUCAUCAGACAAUUCCUUGAUCAGACAAUACCCUGAUUAGAAAAUUCUCUGAUUAGAAAAUGCCCUGAUCAGACAUUCCCUGAUCAGAAAUUCCCUGAGCAGCUUUAUUCCUGCCCCCUCCCUCCAAACCUGGGCUGCUCCUCACGGGCAGAGCUGCCUGGGAAGGGUUUCCUGCAUGGAAAAAAAUCCCUUGAAAGCCAUUGCAGAGUGGAGCAGUGGAGGCAGGGAGGGAGCUGGGGUCUGGGGUUGUCUGCAGGUCGUGCAGCCGAGCUCACAGGGCUGGGGGCUGAGUUGGACCCUGGGUUUGGGUCCCACCUCCUGGGGCAUCCUGCAGGUGUGCCCUGGGCCUGGGGUGGGAGUUUGGGAAGGACGGGAGCUGCAGGCCUGGCUCUGGCUGUUCCUGCUGCCCAGGGAUGUGCAGGAGCCCACGUGGCCCUGGGGAUGCUGAACUGGGGGAUUUGGGGCCAAAGUGACCCCAGGGACGGGGCAGAUGUGCAGGGCUGGAGCUCAGCCUGGCACGGGGGAAGGUUCAGAGCAGGGAAGGUGCAAAGGGGCAGGGCAGGGCAGGGGGGUGCUGCCAGCUGGGAGCGGGGGACAGGGACAGGAUCCCCAUCAAGGCCCCAGGGAGGGGGCAGUGCCCGUGGGGAUGGCACACUGGGCACCCCCAGGUGAUCUUUGGGUUUGGACACGGGUUUGACCCAAGGCUGGGCCAGGCCUGGGGACACCUGGGUGGGAAUUUCGCUUUUCCUUGCCUGGUUGUAGCCCAGGUGAGGCUGCAGGUGGGGAGCCCCUCCUCAGGGAAGCACCAGAGCUGGGAUCAGCCUGGGUUAUACAGUUAGCAGGGUGAAACUGAAUUGCCAGGGUGAAACUGAAUUACCAGGGUUAAACAGAGUUAGCAGGGUGAAAACAGGAUUCCUGGAGUUAAACUGAAUUCCCAGGGUUAAACAGAAUUCCCUGGGCUCAGCAGUGCCCCUGAGCUGAGGGCAGCUCUUGCGUGGAGCUGGGAUCCUGCAGCAUCCCCCAGAGCUCCCAGGGAAUGUCACAUCCCAGGGAAUGUCACAUCCCAGGGAAUGUCACAUCCCAGGGAAUGUCACCUCCAGGGGAUGUCACCCUCCAGGGAAUGUCACAUCCCAGGGAAUGUCACCCUCCAGGGAAUGUCACAUCCCAGGGAAUGUCACCCUCCAGGGAAUGUCACAUCCCAGGGAAUGUCACAUCCCAGGGAAUGUCACCUCCAGGGGAUGUCACCCUCCAGGGAAUGUCACCCUCCAGGGAAUGUCACCCUCCAGGGAAUGUCACAUCCCAGGGAAUGUCACCCUCCAGGGGAUGUCACCCUCCAGGGAAUGUCACAUCCCAGGGAAUGUCACCCUCCAGGGAAUGUCACCUCCAGGGAAUGUCACCUCCAGGGCACAGCUGUGUCCCCAAGGCCCCGUGGCAGCCCCAUGGCAGCUCUGUGCUCCCGUGCAGCCCCUGCUCUCCAGCCCUGGCUGUUCUUUCCCUGUGCUUUGGUUUUGGUUCCAGUUCUAGCUGCACACGUAGAGUUGCCUUCCUUUGACCGAAUGUUCGAAUGUGAAAUAUUGUAUAUUUUAAAGUAUUUACCCUAUUUAUAUACUGUAUGUUACUGUUAAAUAAAUAUAAAUUCCAUUA